AGUGUGGGCACAAAGGAGCAGGGGACGUCACUGGGGGCAAAAGGGGCUGGUGGAGCUGCUGGGGCAGCUCCAGCUUCACCCAGGGCAACCUGCUGGAGCUGGGGAUCCAAGCACAAGUGGCUGCAAAGGAUGAGGAAGCGUCCAACAUCCUUCCUGUUCCCAAGAGGCUGGGCGCGGGUGGGCCGGCAGCAGAAUGAGAGGAUGGCCGGCCUGCCCCACAUCCCAGGCCCCCAGGACCUCCAGCCCUUCACCCCCGCCUCGCUGGCCGCCAUCGAGCAGCGCGCGGCCGAGGCCGAAGCUCUGCGGAUAAAGAGGCAGCAGGUGGAGCUGCCCGAGGAAGAGGAGGUCAAACCCAGCAGUGACCUGGAAGCUGGCAAGAACCUGCCCCUCAUCUAUGGUGACCCACCCCCCGAGCUCAUCGGGACCCCCCUGGAGGAUCUGGACCCCUUCUACAAGGAUAAGAAGACCUUCAUAGUCCUCAACAAAGGGAAGUCCAUCUUCCGCUUCUCGGCCACCCCUGCCCUCUACAUGCUGGGGCCCUUCCACCCCAUCCGCAGAGGAGCCAUCAAAGUGCUCAUCCAUUCAUUGUUCAGCAUGUUCAUCAUGAUCACCAUUUUAACCAACUGUGUCUUCAUGACCAUGAGCAACCCCCCAGCGUGGUCCAAGAAUGUGGAAUACACCUUCACUGGGAUCUACACCUUUGAGUCCCUCAUUAAGAUACUGUCCAGGGGCUUCUGCAUCGAUGACUUCACAUUCCUGCGUGACCCAUGGAACUGGCUGGACUUCAUGGUCAUCUCCAUGGCCUACAUCACUGAGUUCGUGGACCUGGGGAACAUCUCUGCUCUCCGGACCUUCCGCGUCCUCCGUGCCUUGAAAACCAUCACGGUGAUACCAGGGCUGAAGACCAUCGUUGGGGCCCUGAUCCAGUCGGUGAAGAAGCUCUCAGAUGUCAUGAUCCUCACUGUCUUCUGCCUGAGCGUGUUCGCCCUCAUCGGUCUCCAGCUCUUCAUGGGGAACCUCCGGCAGAAGUGCGUGCGGUGGCCGCCCCUCAACGACACCCUGCUGGGGGACCUGGGGCUGGGCAAUGACACCUUGGCCAACACAACCUUCUACGGCAACUUCACCGACGGCAUCAUCGGCAACUUCACCACCAACUUCACCAGCAACAGCACCUUUGAUUUCGAGGCCUACAUCAACGAUGAAGCCAACUUCUACUUUCUGGAGGGAGCGUUGGACGCCCUGCUCUGUGGGAACAGCAGCGAUGCUGGGAAGUGCCCUGAGGGGUACACGUGCAUGAAGGCUGGGAGGAACCCCAACUAUGGCUACACCAGCUACGACACCUUCAGCUGGGCCUUCCUUGCCCUCUUCCGCCUCAUGACACAGGACUUCUGGGAGAACCUCUUCCAGCUGACGCUGCGCUCGGCAGGGAAGACGUACAUGAUCUUCUUCGUGGUGGUCAUCUUCCUCGGGUCCUUCUACCUCAUCAACCUCAUCCUCGCUGUGGUGGCCAUGGCCUACGAGGAGCAGAACAACGUCACCAUGCUGGAGGAGCAGCAGAAGGAGGAGGAGUUCCAGCAGCUCCUGGAGCAGCUGAAGAAGCAACAAGAGGAGCAAGAGAAGAUGUUGCAGGACAGAAGGUCCAGCAGUGGAUCCCUGCCCAGCAGCCUGGCCGAGAAGGAGCCUGACUCAGACUUGAACAGUGACCAGGAGAAGGUGCAGGACUGCAACGGGCAGGUGGUGCCCAGGCUGGUGCUGCAGCGCUCGGCCACCAUCAUCCAGUUCAACCCACCCAACGAGCCAGAGAAACCAGACCACAACCACCUCACUGUGGGCAACCAAGAUGGGCCAGGCCUGGAGAAGAGGGUGGGAAGUGCCAUCAGUGUCAUCUCCAACACUGUGGAAGAGCUGGAGGAAGCUCACCAGAAAUGUCCACCCUGGUGGUACAAAUUUGCCCACACCUUCCUGGUCUGGAACUGCUGCCUUCCAUGGGUGAAGCUGAAGGAGUUUGUCAAGUUGGUGGUGAUGGACCCUUUUGUGGACCUGGGCAUCACCAUCUGCAUUGUCCUCAACACACUCUUCAUGGCAAUGGAGCAUUAUCCCAUGACAGAGGAGUUUGAGAACGUGCUGUCUGUGGGGAACCUGGUCUUCACGGGGAUCUUCACGGCAGAGAUGGUCCUGAAGCUCAUUGCUCUGGAUCCCUACGAGUAUUUCCAGCAGGGCUGGAAUAUCUUUGACAGCUUCAUUGUCACCCUGAGCCUGGUGGAGCUGGGUCUGGCCAAUGUGCAGGGUCUCUCCGUGCUCCGCUCCUUCCGCUUGCUGAGGGUCUUCAAGCUCGCCAAGUCCUGGCCCACCCUCAACAUGCUCAUCAAGAUCAUCGGCAACUCGGUGGGCGCCCUGGGGAACCUGACCUUGGUGUUGGCCAUCAUUGUCUUCAUCUUUGCCGUGGUGGGGAUGCAGCUUUUUGGGAAGAGCUACAUCGAGUGUGUCUGCAAGAUCUCCCAGGACUGCACCCUGCCCCGCUGGCACAUGAACGAUUUCUUCCACUCCUUCCUCAUCGUCUUCCGCAUCCUCUGCGGGGAGUGGAUCGAGACCAUGUGGGACUGCAUGGAGGUGGCCGGCCAGACCAUGUGCCUGAUUGUCUUCAUGAUGGUCAUGGUCAUUGGGAACCUGGUGGUGCUGAACCUGUUCCUGGCUCUGCUGCUGAGCUCCUUCAGUGCUGACAGCCUGGCAGCCUCGGACGACGACGGGGAGAUGAACAACCUGCAAAUCGCCAUCGGCAGGAUCACCAGGGGCAUCCACCUGCUGAGGACCUCCCUCCUCGCCCUGCUCAGGAGGCUCUGCAAGGGCAAGAAGGUGGCCCCGGAGGAAGAGCAAGAGCACAGCAAGAGGGACAACUCCGUGCUCAACCACCUGGACGUUGGCCAGGAGCCCAAGUCGGAGUAUCUGGAUGGAAUCGCCGGCAAAGACCGUUUCUUCAUGGAUGAGCUGGACCACAUGAACUUCAUUAACAACCCCAACCUGACAGUGCAGGUCCCCAUCGCCUCCGAGGAGUCUGACCUCUAUGAUGAGACCAGCACCCAGUCUGACACGGAAGAUAUCAAGCAACCCCUCUCCAGUGACAACGCCUCCUCCCUGUGCAGCACAGUGGACUACAAACCCCCCCAGCCUGAGGAGGAGGAGGUGGCAGAAGAAGCUGAGGAGAGCAACGAGCCUGAGGAGUGUUUCACUGAGGCCUGUGUGAAGAGGUUUCCCUGCCUCUACGUGGACAUCACCACCGAGAAAGGGAGGAUCUGGUGGAACAUCCGGAAAACCUGCUUCCGCAUCGUGGAGCACGACUGGUUUGAGACCUUCAUCGUCUUCAUGAUCCUCCUCAGCAGUGGGGCACUGGCUUUUGAGGACAUCUACAUCGAGCAGCGGAAGGUGAUCCGCACCGUCCUGGAGUACGCUGACAAGGUCUUCUCCUACAUCUUUGUCAUUGAGAUGUUGCUCAAGUGGGUGGCUUAUGGCUUCAAGGUCUACUUCACCAAUGCCUGGUGCUGGCUGGAUUUCCUCAUCGUUGAUGUUUCCAUUGUCAGCCUGACAGCAAACUGGUUGGGAUACUCCGAGCUGGGGGCCAUCAAGUCCCUGAGGACACUGAGAGCUCUGAGACCACUGCGUGCCCUGUCCAGAUUUGAAGGCAUGAGGGUGGUGGUGAACGCCCUGCUGGGGGCCAUCCCUUCCAUCAUGAACGUCCUGCUGGUUUGUCUCAUCUUCUGGCUGAUCUUCAGCAUCAUGGGGGUGAAUCUCUUCGCGGGGAAGUACUACCGGUGCCUCAACACCACCACGGGGGAGCUCUUUGACAUCAGUGUGGUCAACAACAAGAGUGACUGCAUGGCCCUCCUCCACACCAACGAGGUCAGAUGGGUCAACGUCAAGGUCAACUUCGACAACGUGGGCUUGGGAUACCUCUCCUUGCUGCAGGUGGCGACCUUCAAGGGCUGGAUGGACAUCAUGUAUGCUGCCGUGGACUCACGGGAGAUUGAAGAGCAGCCAGUAUAUGAGAUCAACCUCUACAUGUACAUCUACUUUGUCAUCUUCAUCAUCUUCGGCUCCUUCUUCACCCUGAACCUCUUCAUCGGCGUCAUCAUCGACAACUUCAACCAGCAGAAGAAGAAGUUUGGAGGCAAAGACAUCUUCAUGACAGAAGAGCAGAAGAAAUACUACAAUGCCAUGAAGAAGCUGGGCUCCAAGAAGCCCCAGAAGCCCAUCCCCAGGCCAUCGAACAAGUUCCAAGCAAAGGUGUUUGACUUCGUCACCAAGCAAGUGUUUGACAUCACCAUCAUGAUCCUGAUUUGCCUCAACAUGGUGACCAUGAUGGUUGAAACAGAUGAUCAAAGUGAACUCAAAACAUCUGUCCUCUACAAGAUCAACCUGGUCUUCAUCGUCAUCUUCACAGGAGAGUGUGUGCUCAAGAUGUUUGCCUUGCGCCACUACUACUUCACCAUUGGCUGGAACAUCUUUGACUUUGUGGUGGUCAUCCUCUCCAUCUUAGGUAUUGUCCUCUCAGACAUCAUAGAGAAGUACUUUGUCUCACCCACCCUCUUCAGGGUCAUCAGGCUGGCGAGGAUCGGCCGUGUCCUCCGGCUGAUCCGAGGGGCAAAAGGCAUCAGGACCCUCCUCUUUGCUCUGAUGAUGUCCUUGCCAGCCCUCUUCAACAUUGGCCUCCUGCUCUUCCUCGUCAUGUUCAUCUACUCCAUCUUUGGGAUGUCCAACUUUGCCUACGUAAAGAAGGAGUCGGGGAUCGAUGACAUGUUCAACUUUGAAACCUUUGGGAACAGCAUCAUCUGCCUCUUCCAGAUCACCACGUCAGCUGGAUGGGAUGGUCUCCUCAACCCCAUCCUGAACAGUGGCCCCCCUGACUGUGACCCUGAGGUGGAGAACCCAGGCAGCUCAGUGAAGGGGAACUGUGGCAACCCAUCCAUUGGCAUCUUCUUCUUCUGCAGCUACAUCAUCAUCUCCUUCCUCAUCGUGGUCAACAUGUACAUUGCCAUCAUCCUGGAGAACUUCAACGUGGCCACGGAGGAGAGCAGUGAACCCCUCUGUGAAGAUGAUUUUGAAAUGUUUUACGAAACCUGGGAGAAGUUUGACCCAGAUGCCACCCAGUUCAUUGCAUACAGCACCUUGUCUGACUUUGUAGACACCUUACAGGAGCCACUCAAAAUUCCCAAGCCCAACAAGAUCAAGUUAAUCACCAUGGAUCUACCAAUGGUUGCUGGGGACAAAAUCCACUGCCUGGACAUCCUUUUUGCUCUGACUAAGGAGGUGCUGGGAGACUCGGGUGAGAUGGACGCCUUGAAGGCCACCAUGGAGGAGAAGUUCAUGGCUGCCAACCCCUCGAAGGUUUCCUACGAACCCAUCACCACCACUCUGAAAAGGAAACAUGAGGAAGUCUGUGCCACAAAAAUCCAGAGGGCCUUCAGGAGGUACCUCCUGAGGCGCUCGGUCAAGCAGGCGUCCUACAUGUACCGCCAGAGCAAGGAUGAAGAUGAGCCCAGAGGGGAUGCCCCUGAGAAGGAAGGUCUGAUCGCCACCAAAAUGCAGGAGAUGUAUGGGAACAGUGGGACAGAUGUGGAGACAGGACCUGCCUUUGGUCUUCAGCCCGUUCCCAGCUCAGAGACUCAAGAUGCUCCUGAUGAAGCCAAAGUGUGGGCUCAAGAACACGCGGUGAAAGAGUCGUUGGUGUAAAGGAAGGAGGUUCCCACUUCUCUCCCAGCCUGAGGGCUUCAUCUGGACCUUCUCGAGAGCUCUUCCAUGCACAGAUCACUAGAUCUUAGAUAUUGAGCUAAUUUCAGCUGUUUCAGGUAGACACCUUAACUUUGGAAGCAGGAUCUGGAGCUGAUCCUGGUUUGUCCAGCUCGCUGCACUUGCCAAGGGUUGAACAUUUCUUCUUAGGAGAAUUCAACAUGAAGCCUCUUGUUGGUGAAGGAGAAACCUUUGAGUUUUGAAACCAUCUCGUCACGGUCACGACGUUUUCCAGCCAUUGACAAACGAGCCCAGUUGUCCUUUGACUCGGAGUAAUUAUUUCUUGAUCUUAUUUCACGAUUCAGAGAUGGUUCUUGUCUCUGAUUCUUCCCAAGAGCAGCCCAAGCAGGCGAGGAAUGAUGAGCCAAGUGAAAUAACAUGAAGAAUAAUUACAGACCUGACAAGGUUUGGUGAGCAAAAAAAAAAAAAAAACCAAACCACUUAAAUCUCCAAUGUCUUAAAUUAGCACCUUUCUUUUUUGAAUAAGCUUGAUGGGUUUUCUUUUUAGUUGCUGUUGUACAGAGAGAAAGUGCAAUUAUGUCUUAACGAUUGGUUUGCAAAGCCAAAAAGAAGCAUCUGCAGAUGUGUUCUCAGGGUUACAAUUCAGGUUUUAAAAGGUCUCUGAAUAUCCACGGAAAUCAGAAAUCGUUCCGGUCGCAGCGCUACGAAUGUAAAUGGUCUUUCUAGUCAAACUUCUCCUCUGGUUUCCUGUUUCAUCCAAGUUUCGUGGCAGGAAAGCAGUGGACAAGGGUAGGGUUUGGAGAAGCUCUUCUGAGAAUUCCCCCAUCCCUGUCAUUAAACCCCUCAGGGUUUCUUCAAGCCCUGUGGCAAAGGGGAAUGUCCCUCUGGAGGGUUCUUGGUUCAUGAACGUCCCUGGGGAUUGCAGCAGGUCUUUGAAGCAGGACAUCUUGCAGUGAGGUUCCUAAAUCUCAUUGGCCACCAAGAACCUGGGGACCUUAAUGCAAUGAAUGUUCCUAUUGGGCCACAAAUCCCAAACUCCUUGGGCAAAACAUCCUUCCAUCUCUUGGCUGGGGCUCUGGAGGGGACCUGGUGGCACCCGCUGGGGUCUCUGCAGAGCUUGGUGGGGCCAGGCAGGUUCUCACCAGGAAACCUCCCAGCAGAGGAGGGUGUCCCUGGGGGGACAAGGGUUUCACUGCUCUUUAGUCAGGUGGGUAAAAAAGGAAAGUCAAUCAAGAACAAAGUGCAAAAGGGGGUGAAAUUCUGGGCCUCCUUCUGCCUUUGAAAGAGGAAAAACAAACCUCUUGAGAUCCAAACCACCACGAACCAAAACCUCUUCCACUUCAAACAAGGGCUGCUGCUUGAAGCCAAAGGGUCUGUCUUUUUUUUUUUUUCUUUUUUCUAAUCGUUACUGUUAAUUAUGAUGACAAUGAUAUGCUUGUGUCCAGGUGCUGUGGGCAGAGCUGGGCUGGCCCUGCCCACCCUUGUGCUUCCGUCUCCGUGUCCCGGAGGGUCCCGCUCCCGGGAUCUCAGCUGCUUCCCGAGGUCUUAGCACGGGAAGAAGCAUCCAGGGCACGGUGGAUUCCAGCCCAGGUUGUGGUUCACAAUCAAUGCUGCUUGUUUGUACGUGUUGUCAGGGAUGGAUAAACCAAACAAAAAGGCCAAAGGGCAGGGUCUGUGUGAGCUGAAGCCUUUUCCUUUGUACGUUUCUUACAAUAAACGACGGUAAAUGA